GCAAUGCGAAAAUUAGAUUAGUACACAUUCAUCAGACUCAGUUCUAACAGUACAGGACCCAACACAGCACAAGAGAAAAUGGCCCUCCGGUUUGCCGUUCUUGCCGCGUUCGUCGCUACCGCCAGUGCCGUCGCCAUUGGAUAUCCGGCUCCCUACGGGGCAUACCCGGCGGUGGCCAAGGUUGCUGCUCCGUUGGCCGACUACGACCCCAACCCGCAGUACAGCUACAGUUACGCGGUAUCGGAUGCUCUGACCGGUGAUAACAAGAGCCAGCAGGAGUCCCGCUCGGGAGAUGUCGUCAGCGGAUCGUACUCGCUCAUCGAGCCCGAUGGCACCCAGCGUGUCGUUGAGUACACUGCCGACCCGGUCAAUGGAUUCAACGCCGUCGUCCACCGUGGAGCUGGUGUGGUAAAAGCUGUGGCCCCAGUAGCCAAAUUCGCUGCCCCGCUGGCCUACCCCGCCGUCGCCAAGGUUGCGGCUCCACUGUACGGUUAAAUCAUGCCUCACGGAUAUCCCCCACCCUGUCUAGAUAUUUAUUAGUCGUCCCAUGUUUACCCCAAAAUCCUCCCAUCCCUUCACAUCCUUUGCAAAUGAGAGCUUCACGAAAAUGUAGUUAUUUUUGUUUGACUGUGUGACUGAAUAAAGUGCAAGAUGGUUAUAAAAAUCAUAACAAAAA